AUGGCGGAGAUUUGCUAUUUUGGGAGUCUAGUCCAUUACAAGACUCCAUCUCCUUUGUCCCUUCAUUCUCUCUUCAGCACCAAACCCAAUCACUUCAAUUCAUCGUUCUCCUCUUCUCUCAUGGCUGUCUCCGAAUCCCGCUCCACCCUCGAACCACCUUCUCUCCUCGUCUUCUCAGGCGGCACUGGAUUUAAUGGUGUGGUGGAAGAGUUGAAGAAGUUAACAACCCGAGUCGCUCAUGUUUUACCUGUCUCUGAUGAUGGAGGAAGUACAGCUGAGAUUGUUAGAGUUCUCGGUGGGCCAGCGGUUGGUGACAUACGUUCCAGGUGUUUAAGGUUGUCUGAUGAAAGUACUUCAGAGGCACUUGCUGUUAGGCGUUUGCUCGGCCAUCGCUUACCUUUAGAUACAUCUAAGGCCAAGCAAGAUUGGUACGAUAUUGUGGAAGGUAAUCAUUCUCUGUGGGAUGGUGUAUCAAGACCCUACAGAGAAACAAUCCGAGCAUUCUUAGUUUACUUUCAGAAUGAGAUUCUUAGACGACCUAAUGAGAUAUUUUGCUUCAGCAAUGGAAGCAUUGGGAACUUCUUCUUUGCCGGAGCAAGGAUAUUUUUCCAGUCUUUAGAUGCUGCGAUAUUUUUGUUUUCACGUGUUUCAGAGAUUCCUUGUGACAGUUUGGUCCUCCCAGUGAUAUCAACCAAUGAUAGGCUUACACUAGGAUGUGAAUUACAGGAUGGGACUAUAAUACGCGGACAGAACGAAAUCUCUCACCCUAACAAUGGGACAAUGCAGACUGUUGAUAAGAGACAUUGCUCAACUUCCACGCUUCCAUCAAAGUUAAAGAGAGUAUUUUACAUGUCAAGUGAAGGCAAUAAUCUACUUCAUGAGGUCUUCCCACCAGUUAACCCAACAGUCCUGGAGCAGUUGAGAAGUGUGGACUGUAUCGUUUACGCUAUGGGAUCCCUUUUCACUUCCAUUUGCCCGUCACUGGUUCUGCUUGGUGUUGGGGAGAUUAUCUCUUCCAGGUCAUGUCGUAAGGUACUUCUGUUGAACGGUACCCAAGACCGAGAAACAAGUGGCUUUACGGCUUCCUGCUUUGUGAUUGCUAUUGCCGACGCUCUCAACAGAACUCAUGGAGAUGCCAAUAUUCGGCUCAAGAAUCCUCCUGGAUAUUACAUCAACACUCUCUUGGUUCCGAAAGAUGGAGGAAUAACGGUAGAUCUUAAACAAUUGUCUGAACAAGGAAUCAAUGAUGUUAGAGUCGUUGAGAGUGUUAGCGAUCCAAAACAUGGUAUCUUGUUCAACCCGAGCUCACUGAUAAACACACUAGCUGGUUUGAUGGAGUAA